UUUUUUCUUGCUGCUCAAUUUGCCUGUCCACCGUGAUAAAUCCGUCUUGCACCAGAAAAAGAGAUGGUAGGGGCCGGAAGUUCGAGUGGCUCUGCGGCGGCCGGUUUCUACACAGCUAUGCCAGCGAGCGAGACGGACGGUGAGACUUUUGAUGGUGAAGCCGAUUUUGACGAUUACGAGGAAUGGGAUUUUGCCGAGAUGUUUUCAACUGCAUCGAAAAACGUAAAGAAGUACAUUUUUCAGCCCUUCGUCGUCGGGGCUGCCGCUGCCUUCGGCAUGUCAGUAGGAUAUGCAAUGUUCGAUGCUACUGCCGCCAUGUUCACUCGCAAAGGCCCAUCGUCGAAGUCAAGAUAGUGCUCAAUGAAUGACAAACAUGUUGACGUCACUUGUAACGUUCAUGACUAUCAAGCAUGUGCAUAGUUUCGUCAUCAAACGGGAAUUGCGUCGCCCUUCGACUUCCGGGAGAUAAACGACACGGUGGCCACUCUGCGCAUCAUGAACUAGACUACUCAGCACAUAGCUAUUUCUCGGGUAUUUCCAAGGUUGCGAUGUUAUUGAAAGUAAGCAGGUCCUGUUAUCUUUCUGCCAGUAAACUAAUAAAUACCGCUACGCAA